UGUAGUGUAUCCGUAAUCUGAAAUUACCAACGAGCCAGGGUGAACGGUCGGCCCCACAGUCCCGCUUGCCGCAGCCGGGCCCGCCCCUUGCACUCGAAACUUGGCGGAUCAUCCCGAAUCGGCAAACAGCUCGAAGUCAGAAGCUCCAUUGGAAGGUUGAAGGAAGCUCCUCCUAGCUACCUACUGAAGGAUAACGAGAAGGACGACGACAUUCUCUCACGGAGUCACCCGCCAACGACAGCUGCCCCACACAGUACCGAACCCCCUUGGCAGCGAGGAGGAAGCAGCAACAAAUCAGAGAACCUAGAGAGAAAAGGGAACAAAAGAUGGGCCUCUUCGGUCUCUUCUCCUCCUCCGAGGAGGACAAGCGCGCAACCGAGAUCCGCACAGGCGCCGUUGCGCCCACACGCGCGGAAAGACAGAAGUGCUGGGCGGCACGCGACGCCUACUUUGCGUGUCUCGACGCCAACGGAAUUAUGGAUGCGCUCAAGGAGGACAAGAAGGCGGCGCAGAGCUGCGGGCGUGAGAGCGCGGGUUUCGAGAAGGACUGUGCUGCGCAGUGGGUCACAUACUUCAAGAAAUGGCGGGUGCAGGACAUCCAAAAGAAGGCGAGGUUGAAGGAGCUCGAGGCUCAGGGGGCGCAUAAGAUGGAUCUGCAGACUGAUUUCAAAACCCAGAGGUGAUGACGUCGGUAUUUGAGUGUCUCUGGGGUAUUCUGGGCGCAUGGGGGUGCGGCAGAAGUGUAAAAUAUAAACAUGUGCAAACAAGUCUCCUGUAUCUUGGGUUCGCUCGGCGUUGAUGGCACCGGUUUCAACAUCACGAGA